AUGGAUAGAGGAGGAGACGGCUCUGAUCUGGAGCUGCAGAAGCAACAAUGGGCGAGGACGCAGGAUUUGCUCAGGGGUAGGCUCGUUCUUGAGGAUGAUUUCGAGUGGUCUUUACCUUCGGUGAGCUCGAAGUCAGACCAGAGUGAUGCCAGGGGCAAGCUGAAGUAUAUAGGCGGGGUUGACAUUAGCUUCCUGAAAGAAGACCCGUCUACAGCGUGUGCCGCGGUGGUGGUUCUGGAUGCCGAUACCUUGGAAAUCGUCCAUGAGGAGUUCGAUGUUGUCCGGAUGCAAGUGCCUUACAUUCCGGGUUUUCUUGCUUUCAGAGAGGCCCCCAUUCUUCUAGGACUCCUGGAGAAGAUGAAGAUCAAUGCUCAUCAUUUCUACCCUCAGUUACUCAUGGUUGAUGGAAAUGGGUUACUCCAUCCACGAGCAUGUCAUCUUGGUGUCCUUGCAGACCUGCCAACCAUCGGAGUUGGAAAAAAUGUAGCAUUUUCAAUGCUCCAGUUGCACCAUGUGGAUGGUCUUGACCAAUCUGAAGUCAGAAAACAGCUUGAAGCAAAAGGAAACUGCAAUAAGGAAUGUAUUUCAUUGACUGGGCAGUCUGGGACGACAUGGGGAGCGGCAAUGUGUUCAUGCCCUGGUUCAUCGAGGCCAAUCUACAUCUCAGUUGGUCAUCGCAUUUCGCUCGACUCUGCCAUUGGGAUAGUGAAGUACUGCUGUAGAUAUCGUGUUCCAGAGCCUACACGCCAGGCUGAUAUAAGAUCGAAGGUAUUCCUCCAAAAGUACCAAAGAUUACAGCAGUAA